GGCCAAGUCAGGGGAAGGAAGAAGGCAGCAGCAGCCGCGAAGGCAGGCGAGGAAGGCGCCUGGUUCGCCAGGAGAGAGCUGGGCGCAGCAGCUGCUAAGAAGGAUCAUGAUUGUUAGAUAGCACUCCACAUCACCAUGAACAUGGCUCCCCGAAAAAGGAAUCGUCAUGCUUUGGGGUUUCUUUGCUGCUUUGGGGGCAGUGACCUGCCUGAAAUCAAUCUUAAGGACAAUAACCCUCUGCAGUUCUUGGAGUUUUCUGUGCCAAUCCCACCAGCGGAGGAGCUCAAUGCCAGGUUUUCUGAGCUUGUGGAUGAAUUGGAUCUCACAGAUAAAAACAGAGAAGCAAUGUUUGCACUCCCUCCAGAAAAGAAAUGGCAGAUUUAUUGCAGCAAGAAGAAGGAGCAAGAAGACCCAAAUAAACUUGCUACCAGUUGGCCAGACUAUUACAUUGACCGCAUUAACUCCAUGGUUGCAAUGCAGACCCUGUAUGCUUUCGAUGAAGAAGAAACAGAAAUGAGGAAUAAAAUAGUUGAAGACUUGAAAACAGCUCUACGGACUCAACCCAUGAGGUUUGUCACAAGAUUCAUUGAGUUGGAUGGUCUGACCUGCUUGCUGAAUUUUCUGAAGAGUAUGGACUAUGAGACCUCAGAGAGCCGCAUACACACAUCCGUUAUAGGGUGCAUAAAGGCUCUGAUGAACAACUCCCAGGGACGGGCACAUGUCCUGGCCCAUCCAGAAAGCAUCAAUAUAAUCUCUCAGAGUUUACGAACUGAGAACAUCAAAACCAAGAUCGCUGUACUGGAGAUCCUUGGGGCUGUUUGCUUAGUGCCAGGAGGUCACAAAAAAGUUCUGCAGGCCAUGCUUCACUACCAGGUCUAUGCGGCAGAGAGGACAAGAUUCCAGUCAUUACUCAAUGAGCUAGAUCGAAGCAUGGGGCGGUAUCGAGAUGAAGUGAAUCUCAAAACGGCCAUCAUGUCCUUUAUUAAUGCUGUUUUGAAUGCAGGGACUGGUGAGGACAAUUUGGAAUUCCGAUUGCACCUACGAUAUGAAUUUCUAAUGUUGGGUAUCCAACCUGUUAUUGAAAAACUCAGAGGACAUGAAAAUGCAACAUUGGACAGGCACUUAGAUUUCUUUGAGAUGGUCAGAAAUGAAGAUGACCUGGAACUUGCAAAGAGAUUUGAAGUGGUGCAUAUUGACACAAAGAGCGCCUCCCAGAUGUUUGAGAUGAUCAAGAAGAGAUUGAAGCACACUGAUGCUUAUCCAUAUUUACUAUCUGUUCUCCAGCACUGCUUACAAAUGCCUUAUAAACGAAAUGGGGGAACUUUUCAAAAAUGGCAGCUGUUAGACAGAAUACUACAGCAAAUUGUUCUUCAGGAUGAGCGAGGGGAUGAUCCAGAUAUAGCUCCUCUAGAAAACUUCAAUGUCAAGAAUAUCAUUAAGAUGUUGGUAAAUGAGAAUGAAGUGAAACAGUGGCGAGAUCAGGCAGAGAAAUUCCGAAAAGAACAUGCUGAGUUGAUGAGUAGGCUAGAGAAGAAGGAAAGGGAAUGUGAGAUAAAGACUCAAGAGAAAGAUGAUAUGAUGAAGACACUGAAUAAAAUGAAGGACAAGCUACAGAGGGAAUCUGUGGAACUACGCCAAACCCGGGACCAAAUGACUGACCUUGUAGCUCAACUCAAUGAGUUCUCACAAGGGGGCAGCGUUUCCUUCCCACCUCCUCCUCAGCUACCUCCUGGUGGCCCAUUUGCUCUGUCCUCUCUACCGUCAUUGGACCCCUUACCGCCUCCUCCACCACCUCUUCCAUUCUCCAGCUGCCCGCCUCCACCAGCUCCACCUCCUCCACCAGGAGGACCUCCUCCCCCUCCUGGAGCACCACCAUUCUUCAACGUGGGCAUGCCUCCACUUUCCUCCACUUCCACCUUCAGCAGCAGUGGGACCAGCCUAAAGAAGAAAUCAAUCCCACAGCCAUCUCAUCCACUGAAGUCGUUCAACUGGUCCAAACUGAGUGAGGAGAAGAUACAUGGCACAAUCUGGCAUGAAAUUGAUGAUAUAAGGGCUUUCAAAAUGUUGGAUUUGGAGGAUUUUGAAAAGAUGUUCUCAGCUUAUCAAAGACACCAGGACCUGCUAACUAACCCUCCUUCUUCCUGUAAGCAGAAGGAAAUGGGAUCCACUGAAGAUUUAUAUCUGUCCAGUCGAAAGGUUAAAGAGCUUUCUGUGAUUGAUGGGCGGAGAGCUCAAAACUGUGUCAUCCUCCUUUCAAAGUUGAAACUAUCCAAUGAAGAAAUCCGACAAGCAAUCUUGAAAAUGGAUGAAGAAGAAGAUUUGGCUAAAGAUAUGCUGGAGCAGCUAUUAAAGUUUGUUCCAGAGAAAAGUGAUAUCGACCUGCUGGAGGAACAUAAGCAUGAAAUUGACCGCAUGGCUCGGGCAGACCGCUUCCUAUAUGAAAUGAGCAGGAUUGAUCACUAUCAGCAGCGACUUCAAGCAUUAUUCUUUAAGAAGAAGUUUCCAGAGAGGCUCGCAGAAGCCAAGCCAAAAGUGGAAGCCAUUCUUCUUGCAUCCAAAGAGCUCAUCCGUAGUAAGCGACUGAAGCAGCUCCUGGAAGUUGUCCUAGCCUUCGGCAACUACAUGAACAAGGGCCAAAGAGGAAAUGCAUAUGGCUUUAAAGUGUCGAGCCUGAACAAAAUAGCAGAUACCAAAUCUAGCAUAGAUAAGAACAUUACAUUAUUACACUACUUAAUUAUGAUCUUUGAAAAGAACUACCUUGAAAUUCUAGACAUGCAAUCGGAACUUCAACAUCUUCCAGAAGCUGCAAAAGUCAACCUGGUGGAGCUGGAGAAGGAAGUUAACAACAUAAAGGCUGGAUUGAAAGCUGUUGAAGCUGAGCUAGAGUACCAGAAGAGACGUAUACGGGAAUCAGGUGACAGGUUUGUUCCUGUCAUGAGCGACUUUAUUACAGUAGCCAGUUUCAGCUUUUCAGAGCUGGAAGACCUUCUGAAUGAUGCAAGGGAUAAGUACACACAGGCACUGAAGCAUUUUGGAGAGAGUGAAGGUAGGAUGCAGCCAGAUGAAUUUUUUGGUAUCUUUGACACCUUCCUACAGUCAUUCACAGAAGCCAAGCAAGAUCUGGAGAACAUGAGGAAGAAGAAAGAAGAAGAGGAGCGCAGGGCACGCAUGGAAGCUAUGCUAAAAGAACAGAGAGAAAAGGAGCGGCGACAAAAGAAAGCGAAGGCUGGUAGCAUUUCCGAGGAGGGAGGAGGAGAAUUUGAUGAUCUUGUGUCGGCACUGAGGUCAGGCGAGGUGUUUGACAAGGACUUAUCAAAGCUCAAGCGCAACCGUAAGCGUUCAGGGAACCAAAAUUUGGAGACAAGCCGGGAAAGGGCAGUGACAAAGCUCAAUUACUGAAGAAGAAGGAUGUAUAAGUAAGAGAAGACAAGGACUGUUGCCACAACAAAGAGUGAAAUGAGAAGAUGGAGAAUGGCUAGUGUUGUUCCCACAAAUCUGUCUAGCCCAUGGCUUUGUUUACUGUUUCCAGGAUGAACAUUGCUCUCCGGUCUUGCUCUUUCCCCUAUUUACAUAAUCUAGAAUGGUUGUAAAAGUGCCUCUUUAGAACUCAAGGGAUUUGUCUCUGAGAUGCUUCUUAGGGUCCAUGGGUUUGCUUCUCAGCAUUUCCCCUGCAAGUUAAGUUAGGUCCUAUUUGGGCCUUCUGCACCAAAUAGCUAUGGGAUGGGGAGAGAUGAAGAAAGAACAUGGCUUAUUCUGUGCCAAAGUGUAUGCAUUAAAAAGAGCAGGGGGGGGGGGAGUUUUCUGUCUUGUUGAAAAAAUGCAAGAUAGUCUCAGGCUGGUUCUGAAACAUCCUCUUGCCCUUCUGUUACAGUUUGGGUCAAUCUUCAGGAAUGAGUGAGGGAGUAGUUCCACAGUGUUGCAGUUCUCUUCUUCCACUGGGUUUACAAAAGGCCAUUGACUAAAGCGUGAGAAAUGUAUUUUUUUAAAAAAAAUAAAUAAAUCUCAAGGACAGUUAUUUAUGGCCUGCAAUAUGCAAAGCAAGUGUUGUCAUGUCAGAGGAAGUCGAUAGAGCUGCUCUCCUUGAGGGAAGGAUAAUUCGUUUGCAGAACUCAAUUUUUUUUCCAGGAACCAUUUGAGUCUUCCGGGAUGUGCCGAGUCUUCAGGGAUGUGCCAAAGUGUGAGAAUAUGGGAAAGAGGGAACCCUCUGAUAAGAAUAAACACAGUUGAGCUGAGCCAGAUCUGUUGUCAUUGCUGACCAAGGUGGCAAGAAAAGAUUGGGAGAUAAGAGUAAGCCCUCACCAAAUCCGCAUGAUUUUGGGUGCACAAUAAAAUGGUUACUGGAACUGACAUAGGUGGGGACCACCCUCUUUCAAAGACCAAUAGAGUUUGUCCAGUGGUUGGCAGCUUUCAUAGUUUAGUAGUCAUAACUCUGUUGGGAUGAACUGGAGAUUAAAUUUUAACAGGAUGGGCUUUUAAGAUGCACCCCACUUCAUUCUGCAAGAGUUAUUAAUGAUCAUAAUAAUGCAUUGUGGUAGUAGGUAGCUAGGGUAUUCAAAGGCUUUUCUAUCAAGAACGAAAAGACGGCAAAGAGAAGAUUGAUAUAAGGGGAACCUAAGGUGUGUUAUGCCAUUGGGUCUUCAAAAGAGUUCUAGGAAUCACAGGUGAUUAAUCCAAACAUAAUUUGUAGCUACACAGAUCUAAAGCACAACACAAACAGAGAGAGACAGACUACUAAUAUCUUCUGGUUUUACUCCACUUUUAUGGGCAAUCAGCAGUAAACCUGCAUGGUGUAAGGAUUUUUUAGCUCUCUCCAACUAUUAACAGUUGGUCAUCAUCUUUCAUCAGAUAAAAAUAGGAAAUAGCAGUGGAGUAGGCAUGAAUACAAUGACGGACAUUAAAGCCACAUUCCGGAAUUAGAACUUCUACAUGAGUGGAAGUCUAUAGGAUGACAAAGAAUCCAGAGGAAGCUCAAACUACCAUUUUAACUACUUGUUUUUCUUGAAUCCCAAAUGUUAUUUGGAUGUUAAACGAGAGCCUGCAGAGCAGCAAAAACUGUGUAUCUUGAACACUGUCACUUCCAUCUUCUUCUCAAAUGAUAUUAGAAAAUUGUAGAGGCAGGUGCUGGACAGACCAAUGCUCAAUACUCUGAUGAUAAACAGAAAUGAAAAAUAUAUCUUAACUUUACAUUCUGUGUUUUGAGAGUCCCAGUUAUGAAUUUUCCUAUUAAUGGCAUUCUGGAACACAGAUGUGAUUUAUGCCUAUGGUAAAAAAAACAAAAAAAACAACAAUGGUCUUGGAAGAGCUCAGCACAUUGCUAUCCAUUUAGAAUAGCUUUCUUCCCUUCCCUUCUUUCCCCUGGAGGCUUCCUUUGAAAAACAGCCCCAGUGCAAAAAGACUCAGGUGCUUUUAGAAAAGGACUUUGAUUUCAAAGUUUACAGCUUUUAUCCUUCAGGAUAUUUUAUCCUCCACCCUGAUGAUAAAAUAGAUUUUAUAGGAAGAAUAUGUAAAUGCUGUUUCUAGCUCCUUGCUGCACUCUGUAGUUGAGAUGUAGUAUUAUGCUUUAUAUACAGUAUUGCACUGCAGAAGCCAUAUAAGACUGAAGCAAUAUGCUCCUGCUGGGAGACAAGUGAAUCUAGUUUGUGUAAACCGCAGAUCCCAACAGAUCAAAUAUUUCAGAAUGUGAGCUUUGUGUAUUGUAAGGUUAUAUUUCCUUUCUUUUUUGUUUACCUCUCAGCAAGAGAUUACAUACAAGAAAUAAAGCUGAACUCAGAGGUUUGAAUGCAGAAAAGGUCCAGACCUUGGAAAAAUUCUCUAUUUAUUUAUAUGUAGUCAUUCUACAACUCCUACAAUUCUCCAGCCAUGACCAUAAUGACUGGGAGAUUCUGGGAGCUUUAGUUCAAAAAAUGAAAUUCUUCUAAGCUAUUAUAUGAAUGUGUUGUUAUCUCUUGCUGAUGCUAUAACCAUAUCCUCCUUUGAGGAGGGCAUUGUGAGGUCCAGGAAUAUGGUGGCUUUUGUCAUGUUGACCUCUUGUCACCCCCACACAUUUUAGUUGCAGAUAGCCUUGGUUAUAGGCACCAGGGGGUUUGGUUGGAGGUUCACUGGCAUGAAGCUUCAAUUUUAAAAAUUCUCACUAUAAGUUGCCCAAUUUAACAACAGGCUGGAGAAUCUGAAAAGGCUGCAAGUCAAUUCCCAUAAAGGUCUAGUGAGAGCUUGGAAAAAUUACUUUUCUGAAUGAACUACAGCUCCCAGUUAUUCUUUUUAAUAGGUUCCAACCAGCAUGACAUAGGGCAGGCAUCAAUACUGGUUGGCCUCAGAAGAGCCUUAAAAGAGUGCCAGGUGCUGUUGGCACAUGUAGGGCAUAUAUGUGUGAUGCCCUAUAUCAAACACUUUUUCAUCAAGGUGAGGUGAAAGAGAAGAGACAUGUGAUAACUGCAGCCUGGUAUUUUAAUAAAUCAUCUGCUCUCUGGCUACCUAGUAUAUGAUAGGCUUUUAUUUCUAUUAUCAGUCACAUGAAAAAACAAACCAUUGCAUAGCUUUAUAUAUGUUCUGCAAAUGUCAUAGCAAUCUGCAUCAUAACAGCUACAUUUGAGAUCCAAAGAUGGAGUCAGGCUAUCUCUGCAAGUUUAAUAUAGCAAUUAUAUGUCAUACUAGUUUACUUUAGAAAUUAACUCAUCAUCAUGUUAGUUUCUAAAGUGAUAUUCCAUAUGUUCAUGUAACUGUUACCAUCCUAUUGCACCUUAGAUAGGUUUACUAUAGGUUCUGUAGCACAUGCAGAGCUUGGAAAGUUAGUUUUUAAAAGUAAUACAUUCCAUUUAAGUAUUUCAGCAUUUCAAAAUUAGCUCAUUGCUGGUGCAGUAUUGAAAAAGUCAUUCAUUACAUUACCUGGCAUACUGUUUGUGACAUUUUUAUUACUUGGUCAGGUUUUUAAAUAGGAAAAAAAACUUAAACUAGUAUGAGAAUAACAUAAAAACAUCAAAAAAUGCCAAAAUACCACUUUCAAAAAGUGUAAAGUAGCUUCACUGUUCCUUAUGUUAGUCUGAAAAUUUAAUAUUACACAUUCAUUACACCCUUGUUAUCAAGAUAUAACUCAUUGCAGAUAACUACAUUACUUGUAACUCCUUAAGCAUGUAUAUAAGAUAAGACUGUAACUGCACUAACAACAGAAUUCAUUCUUUUAGUAAGAAAGAAUUCUUAACUGGGAAAAUAUCAUAAGCAUUAACAGCUUAUGAAAUCAGGCAGCACCUUGCAGCAAUUUGUAAUGCAUGUUUCAGAUCAUUAGCAAUCAUAGAAGCAGUUGCAGCUGAGUUCCAAGAUUCAGAAAGACUAUAACACUCUUGUGCUGCUAAAGUUUAUUCAGAAGUAGAUCCCACUGAUUUCAGUGGAAUUUCCUAGCAAAUAAAUAUGAUUAAGGACUGCAGCCGCUCUCUCUCCAGUACAUGCAGCCAAGCUGAGUCUAGCAUUUUGAGAUGCCCAAAGGAUUUCCCAGUUAAUGUCUCAACUGUUCUCUCGUUAUACUCUGAAAGCAUUGCUGCCAGGUCAGAAUAGCAUAUAUUGACAAUUUAGGAGUGCCUGUAAGCCCAAAGAACAGAGUAGAAGACCUGGAAAAGGUCCUGCUAAAUAAAAAUAAGUAUAUAAGACAAAACCAUCCCCUGCCUCCUGUGGCCAUACUGAAAGCUCUUUAAUCAGACUCUGUAACCUCCUUUUUCUUUCUAUAAACCUCACCUUUUAACUGAGUUCAGUACAAAGCAUUUUUUAAAAAAACAAUUGAUUUGCUUAUUCUUAGAAUGCAUGUGCAUACAUCUCUUCUCCCUCAUUGCCAUUAUCUGAACUAAUCCUUUCAAAGUCCGGACACUUCCUUUAUUCAGUGAUCUCAUAAUGGCACACUUUGCUUACCCGUAAGAUAUAUUUUUACAUUACCUGCCUACGGGAUCCUCCAACCUGGAGGCAGACUGUAUCACAUGGAUCUUAUGAAUAUAUACUUGGAGGAAAGUGGGGAGGGAAUCACAGGAACAUCUGGGUAGGUCCCUUUAGCCAGAUGCAAAGCAAUUCUGUCAUCCUCUGAGGUUCAUGAAGAGGCCUCAGGGUAAGGUUUGAAUGUGUAGAGGUAAGAGGAUUUCUGCAGUACAGGAAAAUGAUUACUGCUGUAUGAUGUGCUGCCCAGCUAAAGGCUUCCAAAUGCCCCAUUGUUUAACAGUGCUUGAAAGCAGCAAGUCAUGUCCCUUUCCAAGCUGAAGCAGUUUGACAGACCCUAUAACUCCUUAAAAAGACUGCACGUCCUCCCAAUGUACUUUGGCCACGGAUUUGGUAUCAGACACAGGGAACAAAGGCAGGAGGUAUGAUUUACCAUCAUCCCCACACCAGUUUUGGACAGAUUUUUUUUUUCCAAGUUGUAGCCCGACUGCAGCUGAAAGAGGGCUGUUUCAUGAGUUUUCAUGAAGGGAUGAGUUGAGUUGUACAGUUCUGUUAUGUACAUGAUGUAUGCAGUUCUGUUUUUGUUUUUGUUUU